UCAAUGGUUUCACAAAGGCGGAGGACUAUGGCCCCCAUAGAAAACAAUUAUCUUGACCGCAAGAGGGCUCGAAAAUCACAGAAGUUCGAAACAUUUCUCAAGUGGUGAACAGAUGCGACGAAUUGCAGAGAACUCCGCAGCAGAAGCCAUCAAUGGUGAGGAGGUACGAGCCGCGAUUGAGUGGCUGGGCACCCUCCCCCCGCUGGAAGACCCACGACAGACAGAGAGAGGCCAUUCAAACAGUACAAAAAUCGGAGCGGGACUCGAUAGUGGUGGCCUACGAGAGAGGUCAGUUCGGGCACAAUGGUCAGCGCAGAUUCGUGACCUGCUCAGCCAGCGAACUCUUCUUCUACUACUUCCAGAUUCCACAAAACCAAAGGAAUCAUUAUGAGGUGAUAUCUGAGAACAAAUUAUGCAAGCUCUACUUUGACCUCGAGUUCGAUAAAAACGUGAACAAAAAUAAAAAUGGAGUCGAGUUGGUUGAACUAUUCGUUGAACUUGUCUGCUCUUGCCUACAAUAUUCGAAUAGAGAGAGACCUCAAACAGGAGAUAUUUUGUAUCUGGAUUCGACAACGGCAAAUAAGUUUUCGUGUCAUUUAGUGUUCGUCCGAACGGUAUUCGAAAAUAACGAACACUGUGGCGUGUUUGUGAAACAUUUAUGCGACAGUAUUCAGCUCGCGGUGAAAAAUUCUAAGAGGGCAAAGAAUGAUGAAAGUUACCUUUCGGUAGAGCCUGAAAACCCUCCAAGUAACGAUGAGUCUAAUGGUAAAAGUUUGAAAUUAUUUGGGAAAAUUUAUUUUGCAUCUGAAAUCAAAAAUCUGCUCGUUCGAAUUGACGAAAACAGUAAUAACGAAGAUUUAUUUGUGGAUAAUGCAGUUUACACGAAGAACAGAAACUUCCGAAUGUUCAAAUCGACCAAAUUGGGUAAAAGUGCAUUUCUAAAUCGCUCUCCGCACUGUAAAUAUGAAAUAAACUUGAGACCUUCAGAUCUGCAAUUCGACAAACAGCUUAAACCCAGUUACGCGGAGAGCUUGGACAUUAAUCCAGAGUUAUACAGGACGUUUUUGGACAGUUUGAUUACGAAUAUUGACUUCGAUCCGCGUGAAGUCUUAAAGGAAGACACUUCAUCUUUUAAAUUGUCUAAUUGUUCAAAACAUAAUGGUUAUAGUGAAGGAAAAGCUAUCCGGAAACCGUUGAUCGAAAACCGAGAAAAUGGCAUAUUUUUAUACAAAGAAUUGGAAUCAUUUAUCAUUGAAACUUUAAACAAAAGACUGCAACUAUUGGAGAUUCAAGAAGUUAUUGAAUCUGAGAUAUUUUUCAGAACUUGUAAGUCGAUCCCGGAUAGUAGCCUUGUCAUGUAUGAAUUAGGUCAUACAUAUAGGUACUGCGAAAGAAUUGGAAGGUUCCACAAGAGUAACAAAGUGUAUAUUUGCGUGGACUUAGAUCGCAGUGUGUUCUACCAGAAGUGUUUUGACCCUGAUUGCGACGGAUUCAGAGGCAACGAGUUUUUAUUCCCUCACGAAAUGAUUCCGUGGAAGGGGUUUGAGAAAGAACUACUUGAUGAUUGGGAGUGAUGAGCUGACCAGCAACAUGAAUGAAACUUGUUAUUUGUAGUUUAAAUUGAUAUUUGAAAAUUGUACAAUUCCUCAGCAUCUGCAGAUAUUGUUUACCUUUUCCAGAAAUUCUUUUUUUUCCAGUCUGCUG